GCUAAGGGUGAAAGUUUGCCGUGAGUUGGCUCACUUGGGGCCAGGGCGCGGGCGGCUGCGGGCCGGCGGGGCGACCAGCGAGGCGGUGGCGACAGCGACACGGGCACCGGCACCCGCAACCUCCACCACCACCUCUGGGCGUUCCGCACCACCUCCGGCCCGCCUCGUAGCCCCCGGGCCCGCCCCGCGGAGGAAGCUGCACCGCCGGGGAUAAGGCGAGGGAGGGGACGGGACGGGGCAGAGACCCGCACGCACCGCCCGGGCUCCGCCGGCAGCGCCCACGGCCCCCGACGGCUGCUGGCCCUGGAGCCGAGGACGAAGUUUCUCUGGAGCCAAAUCUUGUCUAUGUGUGUGUCAUUUUGUCUCUUUUAAUACACUGCCCUGACUUGCUUGCUGCGAAGGGAGUAUGCAUCUGGAGAUCAAAGUUGCUCUUAACUUCAUCAUCUCAUACCUGUACAACAAGCUUCCUCGGAGGCGGGCAGACCUGUUUGGUGAGGAGCUAGAGCGCCUGCUGAAGAAAAAAUAUGAGGGUCACUGGUACCCGGAGAAGCCUCUGAAGGGAUCUGGCUAUCGCUGCGUUCAUAUAGGGGAGACGGUGGAUCCGGUGGUGGAGCUGGCGGCCAAGCGAAGCGGGCUGGCCGUGGAGGAUGUGCGUGCCAAUGUGCCAGAAGAGCUGAGCGUCUGGAUCGAUCCUUUUGAGGUUUCCUACCAGAUCGGCGAGAAGGGCUCUGUUAAGGUCCUCUACAUGGAUGACAGCGAGGGCUGCAGUGCCGUGGAGCUGGACAAAGAAAUCAAGAGCAGCUUCAACCCCGACGCCCAGGUGUUUGUUCCCAUUGGCAGCCAGGACAACUCGCUGUCCAACUCUCCGUCCCCCUCCUUCGGCCAGUCGCCUAGCCCCACCUUCAUCCCUCGCUCUGCCCAGCCCAUCACUUUCACCACUGCCACCUUUGCUGCCACAAAGUUUGGCUCUACCAAGAUGAAGAAGGGCGGCGGAGCCGGAGGAGGGGGCAGCGGAGCAGGGGCUGGGCAGCAGCCGAGGAUGGUCAGGUCUCCCACCACCAACCUGCUGAAGCACAAGGGCCUCUCCCUGUCUAUGCACUCUCUGAACUUCGUCGGGAGCGCUGGGAGCCAAGCCCCGCAGUCGCAGCUCUCCCCCAACGCCAAGGAGUUCGUUUACAGCGGCGGGUCGCCGGGAGCCAGCAGCCUCUUCUUCGAUGGUGUUGCCAGUGAGAGCCAGGCCAGCAGCAUCCCGCCAGCGUCGCAGUUCAACACCGGCACAGGUGGUACCUUUGAUAUGGCUCAGGUCUUCGGUGGCAGCACCAACAGCCUCUUUUUGGAGAAGUCUCCCUUCGUGGAAGGACUCAGCUACAACCUGAAUGCCAUGCAGUAUCCCAGCCAGUCGUUCCAGCCUGUCGUCCUGGCCAACUGAACACAAGGAAGGAGAGUAUUUUGGGGUGGGGAGGGAGGGGGGGGAAGAAACAAGAACAAAACAAACAAUAAAGAGGGAGAGAAAAGAAAAAUAGAAAUAUACAGAAAAUAUUCAAAUCUUAUAAAUAUAGCUUCUUGGGAAAAGAGAGAGCCCAGUGUUGUUGCGCUGUGCUGGCAACGCUCCUGAAGCACUGACUUGUUUUUUAACUCAGUCCCUGUGCUUUUUUCCUACUCACUUUUUUUACUCCUUAAAUGAGUCUUUGGAUUUUUUUUUUUUUGGUUUGUGUUCCCCCCUUCCCCCACCCCAGCCCAGGACUGGUGCAACCAUAGGUCACGAUGCUCCUGAUGCCCUGCACCCCCUCCCAGCGCUGGACACGGGGCCCUUCCACCUGGGUGUAGGGAUGUCUCCUUUCUACCACCUGGCUGGAGGAGGGACGGGGAGAGGAUGAGUCAGUAUCGGCAGAGAUACACACACUGUUGUUGCGCGCUAGCUAGAAAUGGGUGGGUGAGCUUGCUUUUUCUGUUACGGCUCUGCGUGUAAACGGAGAGCAUCGACUGUGCCCACAGGCAUAGAGCGUUGUGCUGCUGUUGCUCCAGCCUGGGCUGGUGUCAGCUGUUCUGUCUGUGUGCUGGAAAGCACUGACUCUUCUCCUUGACCGUCGCAGGGAGGGCAGAGUGUUACUGUGAAAUGGCUUCUUCCCGCUCCUCAUCUGCGCUUCCAGCUGCAGCUACAGGGCCGCGCUUUGAACUGAGCGACUCUGGUUAUUGUCCCCUUCUGCACAUGAGUGAGGGGACCUUUCCGUGCCCUGCUGGGGCCGGCCGGUCCGUCCGAGUGACAACCCUGUGGUGUAAAAACACCACCUGCCUGUCCCUGCAGCUGAGGGAGGUGGUGCUGAGCCAAGCAACCCCACUUGGAUCCUGCUCCCAGAGGUUCUCCCCAGCAGCAGCGGCCAGCAUCUUGGGGUGGCCUCUGAGGUCUGAGUUUUUGUUCCCUGCUGUGAAUUUGUCUCCUUGUCUUGGAGAGGGAAUUCUUUCUUUUUUAAUUAGAGAGGCAGCACUACUUUAGAGGAAGAGAAAGGGCUAUGUUGUUGGAGCGGUAGCAUAAGGGUUUGUGCUUUCAGCCAGGUAUACAGCUGGGUUAAAUCCCUUCCCCGGCCCUUCUGGGGGAGCGGGAGGAGGUGGCUGAUGUGGUGUGGAAGGGAAGCACCUAGCAUCAACUCAUCAUUCCAGCUGGAUCACGUCAGCGCGGACGGUGGCAGGCUUAGAGCAGAGCGGUGCCGGGCACCCCGAAAGCAAGUGCCCGUCCCAGCCUAUGAAUGUGUAGUGCCUCCCUGCCGCAGGGCUGGGAUCUGGGAAUGCCCCUGCAGCUUUCCCCAGGACAAUGUACUGCAGUUGGGCAGUAGUGGCUUUUCAGCUAGGUUGCUUCUGUGUCAGGGACUCUAAAACCCACCUUCAUGGGGAAGCUGAAGGAGGGCUGCUUCUUGCCCAGGUAGGGUGGAGGCUCUCUAGGUGGGAAGGAGGUCUCCUUGGAGGCUGUCGUGGGAGUAUGGAAGCGUGCGAAGAGGAGAGAGGUGGAGAUGAUGAGACUCCAGUCUUUGAAGUUCUUAGUUUAAAUGAAAAAUAAGCUUUUUGCUGCCUCCCAAACUUUGAGGUUUGGUUUUCUUUUAAUGAUGUCUCUGGAGCACCCUCUGAAACCCACUUCUCCUGUAUCUGUCCAACCAAUGUGCUCUUUCAAGACAUCCCUGUUUCAAGGGAGAUGGGCUUGAACUCACGCUUUUCCUUCUCCUUUCCCUCGAGCUGAGAUGAAGGCACUCCAGCCCUCUUGUAGUUGUGUUGCCAAUGAGCCUUUGCAGAGGUCUGUCCCAGGGAGACUGCCACUUGCCUGAAGCUCUGUAAGGAGAGUUUCCAGCACACCCUUCCCCUCGCUGGGGCACUGGGGGGGGCACAGUCCUGACCUGGUGCCCAGCAUGGGUUCCCAAGCAGGCUGCUUGCCGUCGAGCUAUGACCAAUGCAGUGGGUGGGCGAGGAGAACGGAGCCCAGCUACCUUCCCCCAAACUGGCACCCACGGCUUCAACCCUGCAGGUUUCCAGACUAGGGCGAGUCGCUGAGGAAUGGCCAAGCUGCUGGGUUUGCUGGGUUUCCCUUUUUCCUUCUUUUUUUUUUUUUUUUUUUGACCCCCCCCACUUAGGGAUGUUACCACUGCCACCCCCAUCCUUCUCCCUGGCAGUGUGCUACUGAGUGCCAGCCCACUUGCCACACUGGACUGAGGGGUGCUCAGCCCACGAUCCUGGGACCCAGUGCAGUUGUCCCCAACUGUCCCCACAUCUGGCAAAGCCACCUGUGAGCCACUGCUGGGGGACAGGGUGCUUUCUUCCAGCACAGGUAGGGAGGGAGGGGAGAAGUGGGGAUGCCCCUGGCCACCUGCUUAUGUGUGUGAAGCUUUGAUGCCGCUUUGCCCUGCCACACGUAUUAUACCUGCUUUAAAAAUUAGUGGUGUGAGUGGAAGGAGGAAAAGAGGAGGGACCAACCUCUUUGUAUCUUAAAAGGAAAAAAGCGUGCUUCAGAAACGUUCCUCCAGCGUCAGGCAGCAAUGGAAACUAACGGCCUUUUCGGGUCUUUUCUAGUCUUGGAUGUAGGCGUUCAGCUUCAAUUUUAUUUUUUAAAAACCUGCACUAAUUUACCUGGUUUCUUAGGAAGAGAAGAGAGAAAUUUUUUUUUAACUUUUAUUUUUUAUGGGUUUGUGUUCUUUUUGUUGAUGUCCGUUUGUAUUGAAUAAUUUGCUACAUUUGUAAAAUGUAAGAGGUAUAUAUAAUAUAUGUAUAUUUCUAACGUAAAAAAAAACUGUAAUUUUUUUCUUUUCAAGAUUUUUUCUUAAAAAGAGGAGAGAAAAAAUAUUUUUUCAGGAAAAAAACUUUAAAAAAAAAAGAAGAGGUGAAGAUUCCUUUCUCCCCACUCAGCCUCCCUCCUUUUCCUCCCGCCCCUCUCCGAGGAGUGAAUCGACAGUUGCCUUGUGGGAGAGAAGGAGUGAAAGAGGACAGAAGUCUGUAUGUCUCCGAGCAGAGGGUUUCUGUGUGUGCUCUGCUUGGGUUUGUUUCCGAGAAGGGGGCUACUGAGAGGGGGAACCAGGGGGUUGCUGUCUUUUUAUUUUUUUUUCUUUUUAUUUUUUUUUCUUUAGCGAAGGAGGAAUACAAUCAGAGUUUUGUAUUCAGAAUGUUGUGCAAUAUUUUGGAACGGGACAUUGGUGUGUCUAGAGAUUUAGUUAAAAACAACAAAAAAAAAAAAACACAAAAAGGUUGAUCAAAUCUGUACAGUUUCUAUUGUUCCAGAUUUUUUUAAGUUUGUAUUAAAAGCAUGAUAUAAUAA